CCUCUUCCUCUUUCUUAAGAACCCCGCCAUAGCUAAAUUCUGAAAAUAGAUUGAUUUGAGAAUAGCAACCGGCGACGGAAACCCAGAUGAAAGAAACGGAAGAAACCCAGGAAAACCCAGAAAGAGAAUCUCAGGAUGAGUUGGGGAAGCCAGAGUUUAACGAGGAUAAUAGUUCACCGAGAGGUAUAUUGGAAAUCCCUGUUUUGGGUGUCGAUUCAGAUAAUAGUAGCAGCAGUUGCAGUACCUCAUCUACGGAUAAAUUGAUUGUGCAUCAAGCUUUGGUUCCAGAAUCAAAUGGUUCACAAUGGAGGAAUUUGUUUGAUAUCAUAAAAAGGAAAUCUAUGAGAAGGUUUCCUACAUUUCCGAUGUUGGCGAGUUCCGAAGUGUCGAAAAGGAGUUUAAGUAGGAGAUUAGCUAGGAUUCGCAGUGCUGAAGAUCGAAUUGAGUAUGAAGGACCAUCGGUGCCAAAACCUUCCUGGAGGAAUUUCAGCUACGAGGAACUUGCCGCUGCCACCAAUGAUUUCAGUUCUGAGAAGUUGAUCGGGAAGGGAGGGCAUGCGGAGGUGUACAAAGGGUGCCUGGAUGACGGUGAAGUAAUAGCAGUGAAGAGGCUAAACAAGAAAGAGAAAGAAGAGGAAGAAAGGGUGGCGGAUUUCUUGUCGGAGCUUGGUAUCAUCGCCCACAUUAAUCACCCCAAUGCCGCGCGUUUGCUUGGCUUCAGUGUGGAACAGGGUUUGCAUCUCGUCCUAGACUUCUCCCCACAUGGGAGCCUCGCCUCUCUGCUUCACGGUUCAAAGGAGCCUCUGGAUUGGGGAAUAAGGUUUAAGGUUGCUUUAGGGGUAGCAGAAGGAUUACACUACCUCCAUCAUGGCUGCAGCAGACGUAUAAUUCAUAGAGACAUCAAAGCCUCUAACAUAUUAUUAAACCAAGAUUAUGAACCUCAGAUAUCCGAUUUUGGACUUGCAAAAUGGUUACCAGAACAAUGGAGUCACCACAUAGUUUUCCCCAUAGAGGGGACAUUUGGAUACUUGGCACCAGAAUACUUCAUGCACGGAAUUGUCGAUGAGAAAACAGAUGUUUUUGCCUUUGGGGUGCUACUACUAGAGCUCAUAACAGGCCGACGUGCCUUGGACUCUUGUCGCCAAAGCCUUGUGAUUUGGGCGAAGCCACUACUUGACACAAAUAAUUUGAAAGAUUUAGUGGAUCCUAGUCUUGGACAUGGUUAUGAAAUUAUUGAAAUGAAGCGUAUGAUCUUGACAGCAUCAAGGUGCAUCCACCACUCAUCCACCAUGAGACCAAACAUGAGCCGGGUUUUGCAGCAACUGAGGGGUGAGGAUGGAACAAUGGAAGUGAUUGGAUCAAGGGAAACAAAGCCACUUCUUUUGGAUGCUUGUGAUUUGGAUGAUUAUACUUGUUCUAAUUACCUCAAUGACCUCAACCGCCAUAUGCAACUUGCAUUAGAAUAGUGCUUGUUUGUGAUGUAAUUUGCUGUCCUUCUUGGUCUUUUUCUCCCCUUAGUCAAUAUGGAUAAGUCCAUAAUCCAUCUAGGUAUGACAUACAUUGUAUAAUUUUAAAUGGGUCAUGUUUAUUCCACACACA